AUGGCUGAAUCAGAACCUCAGGAAGUAAAGUAUGAUACCAUGGUAAAGAUGGUGGAGGACUUGAACAGGGACUUAGAAAAGCUUCUGGAGGAGAUGGAGAAACUAACAGUGCAGGCAACCUGGACAGCAUAUAACAUGGUAGCCAUACGUACCAACCCAGACCUGGCCAGCUCCAUGAAGCGCUUGGAAAGUGCUUUCCUGAGGUGCAAAGAACAUAUAGAGAAGACAUGUCAAGAGGUGCUAAUGGAAUCUAAAGGUGAAGAGCCAAAAAAGGAAUAA